CAGUGAAUAUUUGGCGUUGAACUGUGGCAGUGUAGUUAAGUUGGAUCAACAUACACUCACCUCCUAACAAGAAGGAUAUUGGAAUUGGACACAUUGGUUGGGCAGGAUUAUAUAGAGAAAUAAAAAAAUAAGAAGGACAUUUGAAAAUGUUAUGCUGUGUAUGUCUGUUGGAAAACACCAAUGCCAUGGGCAUUUAUGAGGAAGAUGGGCAGAAAUUAAAGAUGCCACAAAUCAUCCAGAAGCAUUUGUGGUUUAAGCCCAUGGAAAACGAUGAAUUGAGAUCGCACAUUUGUCUAGUAUGUUGGGAAAGAAUCCAUGAUUUCCAUGAAUUCUAUGAACAGGCGGAAAGAAUCCAUGCCGAAUAUCAAUCAAGCAGAAAACACAAAGUGAAUAUUAAACAAGAGGAAUUGCCAACCAGUACAAAUUCCAUUAAGGAAGAAAAUGAGGAAGUGUUUAGUGAUAUGCUGCAGUUGGAAAUAGAGAUUGGAGAAACGCCAAAAACACGAGAUGUAGAUGAAAAACCAGAAAAGAAUCCUCUGGAAGAUCUACAGAAGGAUUUGGAGGAUGAAAUUGGUGCCAAUUUAGAAGAGGAAGAUGUCCAAGUACUGGACAUUUGGCAAAGCAAUCCUUUGGAUGAUGAACUUAAAUCUCAUGGAACAGAUAGUGAAUCUGAUAAUGGAUCUAAUUCGGAGGAUUAUGAACAAUCCGAAUACAGUGAUGAAGAGUCAAACUCUCCAGAGGAGGAAGAAGUCGCCAAGGGAGAACAGAAAAAUAAAGAUACUGCGAAAACUGAAAGAAGAAAGAGGAAACCAAAAACUUCAACAAAGCAAACGACAGAUGCUGUCAAGAAAAAACGGAAAGUGCAAUAUAGAUUUGAUCAUAACCAUACAGAGGAAAUGAUACAGAAGCAUAUACCAAUGGGAUGUAAUUUAUGUGUUUUUGUCGGCAAAUCAUUUGCCGACAUUGUGGGACAUUUCAAAGUAUGCCACCCAAAGACGCGACCGUAUAUCAUGUGUUGUGAUAAGAAGUUCACAAAACGUUUUUAUGUUGCUCAGCAUGCUCUCAAACAUGAGGAUCCAAAUUGCUUUAAAUGCAACGAAUGCAACAAAUCGUUCACAACAACUUGUGGCUUGAGAACGCAUAACUUGAAUUAUCAUGCACCCGAAGAAGAACGUACCUAUGCAUGUGAUUUGUGUCCCAAAAAGUUUGCAAGGCAAAAUCUGCUGGAAUUACACAAACCCUCACACAUACCCAGGGAACAGUGGCAAUUCUUCUGUGACAAAUGUCCAGGACCAAAAGCAUUUGCUAGUCUAUACUUAUUAAAUGUCCACACUAGUAUGCAACAUAAAAGAGCUAAACAUGUAUGUCAUGUGUGUGCCAAAGAGAUACGCGAUAAACAUUCUUUCGAAAAGCAUGUCCGUUUACAUUUUGAACAGAGUGGACCUCGGGUACCAUGUCCUUAUCCCGAUUGUGAUAGUUGGUUAAAAGAUGAGGAUAACUUAAAGCAACAUCUAAAACGCCACAAUCCAGAGGGCAUUAUCUAUAAGUGUCCAGAAUGUGACAAAGUGGUUAAGAAUCGUAGAGCUCUAACAAACCAUAAACGUUACAGCCAUUCCAAUGCCACAUUUCAGUGUGAACAGUGUGAUAAGACUUUCAAGAAAGCAAUAUCACUGCGGGAGCACAUGACCCAACAUACCGGAGAAACGCUGUACAAAUGUCCAUUCUGCCCACGAACUUUUAAUUCUAACGCCAAUAUGCAUGCCCAUAAAAAACGAGCCCAUCCCAUUGAAUGGGAGGAAUGGCGAAGAAACAAAACGGGAAGUGCUCAAGUUUUAAUAAAGAAUCAACAUUUAAAUUCUUUGUAAAUAUGUUUACUGUAUUUAAUUAAUUGCUAUAAUUAUAUAUUUUAUUAUU